AUGGAGGGGACCUGGAGUUACCAACCGGCUUCUCCAAGAGGAGAAGGAUUGCACACACGAGGGCGUCUCCAAAUGGAAACGAGAGGUCGUGAGUGUUGUAAACAACCAGCUCCAUACUCCCAAAGAAGAGGCGCUACCAACCAGCUUCUCCAAGAGGAGAAGGAUUGCACACACGAGGGCGUCUCCAAAUGGAAACGAGAGGUUGUGGGUGUUGUAAACAACCAGUUCCAUGCUCCCCUAAAAAAAGUUCGAUUUCCUAAUCUUAGCUACGCGUCGCUCUUUUACGCUACACCUGUAAUUCAGCAAUAUGGUUCCAGAGAUUAUAGACCCAAAGACAUUCAAGAUUCCUCUUCCCGAAAAGAUGCACGAAUAUUUUUCAUCGGCUCCGUUCACAAUCUGCACGUUCAUCGCGUUUCUGCGCAAGCUCGAUUCGGAACAGAAACUAACAAAGAUCACGCAAAAAAGUUGUUGAAAGAACUAUCUUCCAACGAAAUCGUUACAUUUUGGGAUUCGAUAGUAGAACGUGAAAAACGUCGCGCCACCGAGGAACAUGAUUACAAGAUGCUUGAGCAAGUUCGAAGCAGACAUGUCUCAAUUGGUGGUGCUGACGUUGCUAGAGUGCAACGAGAAAAUGAGGUAUAUGAUGAAUUAAUAGAAGCUUCUACAGAGAAAAAGCGAAAAGACGCGGAUGACAUGACAUCAACACCAAUUACACCACCCCAAAAAAAGUCUAGGUCAGAUUAUGAAUCAAUGGAUGUUCCUCAAUUAUCUUUAGAUAAUGGGAAUCUUGAAGAUGAUUAUUUUAUAGAAGAAUUUAAUAUAUCAGAAUUGUUUCGACGAUAUCAAAACGAAUCAAUCAAACUUGCCAAUACCCGUGGUUUAUAUGUUGAGACAAAUGUCCACGAAAUUUUAGCUUUGACUUCAAUCUUCAUGCUUUCUCCAAAUUCUCAUUCCGAAAUGAUGAUCAAUGCCUUUGGUUCCCAAAACUUAUUGGACAAAAUAUAUAAAAUACUCUUUCCAACAAAUAAACGAGAAUUAGAUGCGGAAUGUGAAUCUAAAUUUAGGAGAAUAAUAAAGCAAUCAAUCAACGAUUCACGAGACAGUGCUAUUAAAUCCUCAAUGGCAUACUUAUCAGAAAAUAAUUCAGAGGAAAAUCUAGGAUUUGUAAUUUUAGAAGGGUUGAGAUCAUUGCCUAGUUUGAAAUUAAAAAGUCAACCAAGCGAAAUGUCAUUAAUUACUAAUUAUCUGGAUUAUAUAAUGAAAGAAUUACUUCAUGAGCCUGACAAACAUAGAGUUGAGUGGCCGAAUACAGGUCUCAAAGAAAGUAAAGCGAGAAAAUUGGAAGGCAGAGCUAGACAACCCGAUUUCAUAGUAUCGGCAAUUAAUCAAUUAGAAACAAGCGGAACAUUAUUUGUAGGAGAUGUAACGUCCCCUGCCGAAAAAGGAAAUGUACACAAAAACUGCAACGAUUUAAUCCGUGUUGGCGUUUUUAUGAAGGAAUGCAUCGAUUCAGCCAUAGGUAAAGGUGCAAAUGUUAGGCUUUUGGGAUUUCAAUGUAUCGAAUAUACAAUUGAUUUUUACGCAAUGGAACUUAGUGCACCGGGGCUAUAUUUUAUGUACCAUAUUGGUCAAGCUUCGAUUCCCACUUCAGUAAAGACAAUGACACAUUUUAUUGAUGAUAUAGAAAUUUUCCAAACAGUACGUGAUAUUUUUCGAGAAUCAUUUGCUAAUUUUUAUGAUAAAUUGUGUAACCCAAAAGAACAAUCAACAAAUGUUUCAUUUAAAUGUGAGACCUUAUCUACACCAAGUUUCAAUCAACUUGUUAGCAAUACACGCAAUGUCAAAAGAAAAUGCUCUUUCUGGUUUGGAAGGUUUUAG